AUGGCGGGAUCAAUUGCAGGCAAGCUCCUGGCAGCGUUCGCCCUGUGCGGCACCGUUGCCGCGGCUCCGAAGCCCGCGCAGGAAGCCCAGUUCGUUCUCAAUGGAAACGCGGACUUGACUCGCGUCCACGAAGAACUUGCCAAGGCGGAGAUUAUUCCGACGGUCAUUGACGACUUCCAGCCUAUCCUGGGCCUCUCCGCAGAAUGGGACUCAUCACACGCGGCGAACCUUGGUAACACUCUCAAGCCCGCCGAUCUUCAGUCUGCUCCGUCGGUGACGCUCGUCGGCGGAUCUUCAAUGGGCGGCAACACCAUUCACACAACAUACGUCCUCACCCUCACCGACCCGGACGCGCCCUCGCGGGACGACCCGAAGUGGUCCGAGUUCUGUCACUGGAUUGCCACCGGUGUAUCCGCCUCGUCUCCCGGAGCCAAGCCCGCUGUCGAGGACGUUGUCGAGUACAAGCCUCCUGGACCGCCCGAGAAGACGGGCAAGCACCGUUACGUCUUCCUUUCCUGGGUCCCCGCCAACGGUACCACCGAGAAACUGAACCUGUCAAAGCCGGAGGAGCGCAAACACUGGGGUGGGAAGGAGGGACGUGGCGUGCGGAACUGGGCCAAAGAGAACGGUCUCAUCCCUGUUGCCGCGAACUUCAUUUACGCGCAGAACGAGAAGCAGUAA